GUGGGGAGACCCCUUCGCCCCUGAGAGGCCGAGCCUUGAGCGCCCGAACUGCGCACGAAGCCCCGCCGCCCACACCCCCUCCGCGCUGCCUGCGCGCCUCGAGCCCCUGCUGCUGGGAGGGAGAGAAGGCGGCUGGGUGCGCGGAAGGCCCCGGGGUGGCAUAGGCCUCGCUUUCUGGCCGGCCCCGGCCUCCUCUUGCCCGCCUCUUGCCCGGGAGUUAUCGGAGGCCUUCAGGCGAGCCGCCGUUGCUCGGGGCGCUUCCAGACUUGAGGGUUUUUGGCGCCCCGCCGCUCCCAGUUCUCCCACAGCAAGCUGCAUGAUAAUUUGCAUUAAACUGCUUUUAACGCUGUAAUAGGAAAUGGUUGCGACCCGCCCUGGGACUUUAGGGAGGAGGGCGGGUAACAAAUCGAAUCGAUGAUGACGAUGGUAAUGAAGCUGAAUGAUGUUGAUUGGAGCUUUGACACGUCAAGCAGGCAUCUUAAAGAAGCUGCCGUCUUGUGACACGUGCAGGAAUUUUUGGGGAUGGCUUAACGCAGUUUUCAACAAGGUGGACUACGAACGGAUCCAGGCCGUCGGCCCAGACAGAGCCGCGUCAGAAUGGCUGCUCCGGUGUGGGGCACUGGUGCGUUACCAGGGCUCUGAGAAGUGGCAGCAAGAUUACAACGGACUCCCAACAGGGCCACUAGAGAAAUAUAAGAUACAAGCCAUUAACGCCACAGAAUCUUGCAUCAUGUCCAAGGGAUUUGAUUAUUUAGAUGGCCUGGAGCAUGUUGAAGAAAUGAGACUUUGCAAGUGCAUGUACAUCCAUGACGAGUGUUUGCAGCAGCUCAGCCAGACUCCCAACCUGCAGAAAAGCCUUCUGCGCCUGUGGAUAGUAUCCUGUGGGAACGUUACGGACAAAGGCAUCGUUGCACUGCAUAAGCUCAGUAAACUGGAAUAUCUGUUCCUGAGUGAUCUACCUGGAAUAAAAGAGAAGGAUGCUACUGCACAGAUACUUAAGCAAUCAAUGCCAGCGCUGCAGCUGGAAUUGGACUUGCCAUAAAGGCAGUGCCGCAUCAUUGGUCUUUUAAAAAAUGUUGUGAUACUUACGGACUCGGAGCAGUGAUUACUGAAGUCCACUGCUGUCUACACAGCGGCUGCAGCAUCUCAAGGAGGCCCUUUGCAGCCUUGGCUUUUGGAGAUCUGCUAAAUGACAGUGCUACAGCUUAAUGGAUGCACGGCGUACCAUCUGCGCUUAAGCUGUGGCCCCUUCCAUAAAAUGAGACUACAAUGCUCUUGGAAUGCAGCACAGGAUCCUCCUGAGAAGUAUGGCCACUUUCUGAAGGCCCUCUUUUAUAGUUAGAGAAGUUGACUUCAGAUGCUAAAUCCAGAGGGUUUGGGGCACAUAAGGUCACUUGGAUUGCUUUCAGAACUGUGAACUUGCUCACAGAGAAGUUUUUGAAAAUACAGUCAUCUUUUAAAAAUUAACCAAGCCCCCUUGCUUCUGAUUAAACACCUCACAUCAUCAAGAAAAAAGCAUUAUAGUAAUUUACAGAGUAACAUAAGCAUGGGGAGGGGGAAAUUGAAGGAUGUUGAAGUUGUUGCUGUAUUAUGUAAUCUGCUUUGAAAACUUCUUGUUGAAAAGUGGUUUAAAAAUUCUUAAUAAAAUUAAUAGCACGGUG